AUGUCUACUGAUACUAUCGAACUUUUCUGUCUGAUUCAAGAAAACACAGUUGCUCAAGCCUUUCCAUUAAAAAUCGAUCAAAAUGAGAGUAUUGGUCAACUCAAGGAAGUUAUUAAGGUGAAAAAAACAUCUGAGUCUAAUUUCUUCGCUGCAAAUCGGAUUCAGUUAUGGAAGAUACAAAUUCAAGGUGAUAGUGAUAAAGAGCUAACUAAACUUAUACUCUAUAAAGAGGAGCAACUUCUUCUAACGAGGAAAGUUAGUAGUUAUUUUUCUGAAAAACCGCUUGAUGAGAGAUAUUGUAGAAUAUCUAGGAAAGAUUUUUAUUAUAAAGCAACUUUGCGUGGAUGUUGUCUUUAUUGCGGAGAUAGACAAUUUAGUACAUUUACAAAGUUUAUACAAACAGCGAGAAAAAAACUGGAUGAACAACUUAAAUCUUAUCAUUUUCAUGAACUAAUAAUUAAUGGUAUGACUUAUUUAGAAGUUUGCGAAAAAAUUUAUAAGAUGAUUUUUUGUAACUACGAUGAAGUAGACGAUGAUGUAAUCUUUGAAGAAGAGGUCAUUGAAUUUCCAAUGACAUAUGAUGAUGAAACUUGGUGUGUUUGCGUGGUUACUCGCAAUCUCUUUCGUCACAAAAAGAUAGAGAAAAUCAGAGAUCAAAUAAUUCGUUUCAUACCAGAAGAAGAAGGGUUUGUCAAUGCUGAAAUUCUAUCACAAAAUCCCCAUGAUCCGCUACCAACUUGGAAGAAGGUCUCAAAGGAUUUGCAAAAGUCUUUUAAUGAAGCAUUAGACAAUAAACUGGGGCCAUCGUUCUGUGAAACACAUUAUAAUUUGGUCGGCAUGAGCACCGGUUAUAAGCGAACCCAAGGCAAAUUUACUGAAAUCCCCGCUAUUAUAUUAUAUGUUCGCCAGAAGAGCAUUCUGCGCCGUGGGUGUGUCAAAUUCCCGGAUGAGAUUCAUGAGUAUCUAACAGAUGUUGUCAAGGCUUGCAUUGCAACUCCCUGUGGUUUUAGUGCAAUUAAUUAUCAAUCUUUUCAGGAGGAAGUUAAGUUAGGUCGAGUAUAG